AUGGGGAAAGACAGUAUGGAGAAGCCUCCGUCGGAGGUAGACGAUCAUGUGGGUGUGGGCGAGGUCUUCAACGCGUCUGGUCAUAAGCAGGAGCUGGACCGACAGUUCAGUCUGUUAUCUGUCUGUUCUGUUGGAAUCACUACUGGCAAUGUGUGGGCUGCCUUGGGCGGUUCAAUUGUCAUUGCACUUUACAAUGGCGGCCCCGCGGGCGUCAUCUACGAGUUCAUUGCAGUAUCAAUCUUCUACUUCAUGAUUGCAGCUUGCAUUGCUGAGAUGUCUUCUGCAAUUCCCUCGGCGGCUGGUGUCUACACCUGGGCCAACAUUACAGCUGGUGAGAAAUAUGGAAGGAUUGUUGGGUAUUUCGCUGGAUGGUGGAACUUCUUCGGCUGGAUCUUCGGCACCGCGUCCAUGUCCUCGAUUCUCGCCAACCAGAUAAUCAGCAUGUACGGCCUCUUCCACCCCGGAUACGAAUACGAACGCUGGCACGUCUUCAUCGUAUACCUCAUCAUCACCUGGAUGGCAUGUUUCACCGUCAUGUUCGCCAACCGCGCACUACCUCUCUUGACGACCAUUGGCCUGAUCCUCAUCCUCGGGGGUUGCUUCAUCACCAUCAUGGUAUGCGCCAUCAUGCCCAGUAGAACAGGAAAAGGGUACGCGAGCAACAGCUUCGUCUGGCGGGAGUGGCAGAACCAAACCGGCUGGAGCAGCGACGGCUUCGUAUUUUGCGCCGGCAUGCUCAACGGCGCAUACGCCGUUGGCACACCCGACUGCGUGUCGCAUCUGGCCGAAGAAAUCCCCAACCCGCGCCGCAACGUGCCCAAAGCCAUCCUCGCCCAAUACGUCGUCGGCUUCCUAACCGCGUUCCUCUACGUAAUCACAAUCUUCUACUCGGUAAACGACCUCGACUCCCUCUUCUCAAACCCCUGGCCCUUCCCCCUCGCCGAACUCUACCGCCAGUCGACAAACUCAACCGCCGGUUCCCUCGGCCUCCUCAUCGUCAUCUUCCUCCCCACCUUCUGCACAAACAUCGGUUGCUAUCUAACCUCAGGCCGCAUGCUGUGGACGCUCGGCCGAGACGGCGCCUCGCCCUUCUCCGCCUGGAUCGGCAAGAUCUCCCCGCGGUACCAGAAUCCGUGGAACGCGACGCUCGUGUGCGGUGUCAUCGACACGAUCCUAGGGUGCAUAUACAUCGGCUCCUCGACGGCGUUCUCCGCCUUCGUCGGGUCCUUCAUCGUCAUGUCAUCGUUCAGCUACCUCGCCUUCAUCCUGCCCAACAUCCUUUCCCGCCGCCGCCACGUCGUCCCCGGCCCCUUCAGCAUGCCCAACCCCGUCUUCUACACCAUCGGCGGCCUGGCGUGCGCGUACAUGUGCGUCUGGAUCGUGGUGUACUGCUUUCCCUACGCCGUGCCAUUUGACUCCACGACGAUGAACUACAGCUGUGUGUUGGUGGGCGGGCUGACGAUUAUCAUGGGCGCGUGGUAUGCGUGGAUCCGGAAGCGUGGGUAUGAGGGCCCCAGGGGCGCGCUGUUGAAGGCGUUGAAUGGGCUGGCAGAUGGGGAUGAUGGGCCUGCUGUGUUGGAUUUGGGGAGCGGGGAGAAGGCGUAG